AUGAGUGCGCCGCUCUUGCUGAAUGUGCCUGUGUCUUUGCACCUGGUUCUUCAAGGAGAAUGGUGGGUCGAGGCACUCUCCACAGCCUAUCCUGGCUGGCCUGCAGUCUUCUUCUCCGCCAACUAUGCCUUGGCUUGGGCAGGAUCUAUGGUGACCUUGGUGCUGUCUCUCUACGAACGGAAGGUCUGCGAUUUACAACAGCGUGCACUGCUGACCGUGUUCCUGGGCGCAAUCUGCUUCACCGUGAUCCCACUGCGUGCCGCUUUACUGGUGCCACAGUGGUUCCAGGGCGACUGGAUGGUGAUGCUGACCCUGAACCCUCCGAGCUGA